GCUGCGGCGGUGUGCGUCGUCAUGGUGCUCGCGCUGCUCAUCGCCAUCCCGCUGCUCGUGCAGACCUCGCGUGCGGACGCGCACUAUGAGAUGAUGGGCACGUGCCGCAUGAUCUGUGACCCGUACAGCCCCAGACCCAGCGCCACCGCGCUCGAAGCGCAGGAGCUCAGCGCGCUCCCGAGCCCCGCGGCCGCACACGCGCCCAGAGGAGAGCCGGGGCGUCCGGGUAAACCCGGACCCCGCGGACCCCCGGGGGAGCCGGGGCCGCCGGGUCCCAGGGGUCCUCCGGGGAUCGCGGGACGCGCAAACCCGGGCACUGACACCGGCCCCACGAACCACAGCGGGAACCACGUGGAGACCGGCGCGAUCGGAGCCGCGAAGAUCGCGUUUUACGUGGGGCUGAAGAACCCGCACGAGGGCUACGAGGUGCUGCGCUUUGACGACGUGGUCACGAACCUGGGCAACCAUUAUGACGCCACCACCGGGAAGUUCACGUGCCAGGUGUCCGGGAUUUACUACUUCACCUACCACGUGCUGAUGCGCGGGGGAGACGGCACGAGCAUGUGGGCGGACCUGUGCAAGAACGGACAGGUUCGGGCCAGUGCCAUCGCCCAGGACGCGGACCAGAACUACGACUACGCCAGUAACAGCGUCGUGCUCCACCUGGACUCCGGGGACGAGAUCUACAUCAAACUGGACGGAGGCAAGGCCCACGGGGGGAACAACAACAAGUACAGCACCUUCUCCGGCUUCCUGCUCUACCCGGACUGA